UCGAACUCGUCAUAUCCAGACACGCGCUUUGUGACAGCGUGCGAGGCGAAGGCAGGGCGAAGGCGAGCUGAAGCUUCCAUUCUCCUGGCUUGCUCCAAUGACGCUGCAUCGCCCAUGCGCCUGAGCUAGAAAAGAGAGUUGGGGGCGGUAAGAGAGAGUUAGAGGCAGUGAAGGCGGCGGGGGCGUGUUCGGGGCUACAUAAGGAGGUUCCUUGGGCCCUGGCUCUGCAUCUUCUUCGCUUAUCUGACGCCACUUCCCCUCGCCAACAAACUAUCCUACAAUCGUCAUGUCUCCAUCCAAAACUUCCGGCCAGUACCACGAGAAGAAGGGCACCUUUAAGAAGACCAUCGGCAGAAUCUUUCGUAUGCGCGGCACCGAAAAUCGCGGUCGCCUAGAGCACGCCGAGGGCGAGGGAGAGUACAACGCUGCCCGCGCCGAGGGCUACGCGGAGGGCACCGGCGACCGUAUUGCGGGGAAGAAGGACUCCGUCGUCGGCGCCAUCACUGGGGAUCGUAGUCAGCAGCAUUCUGGCAGCGCACGCCAGAAUAAGGGCAACUGGAAGCAGCGCUUCAACCGGAAGAUAUAGGGUUGAGAAACUUCAUAGAGGGUACGAGACGUGAUUCGUUGCCGAGGUUGGAUGUAAUGUACUACUACCCUGCUCGAGGAUAUCCGACCCCACCAUGCCGUAUUUAUCAUCUAGAGAGGUUCUUUUCCUGAAAGCUUCAAUUGUUGCCGCUGCUACAGAAGAGCCAUGAUCGCG